AUGAUCAGAGAGCUCACUGUACAGGACACUGGGACGUACCAAUGUGCAGUUGAUAUACCUGCAGCAAAAGACAUUUAUACACAGGUGGAACUGAAGGUCAAGGAAGAUCUGUCCUAUGAGAAGUCCAUCAGUAAGACUGUUCAUGUCGGAGGAGAUUUGAACAUCAGCUGUAAAUACCCAGGAUCCCUCAGGAGUGACCCCAAGUUCCUCUGCAAGAUGACGCUGCAACAAGCUGCUUGUUUUUAUAAAGAAUCUGUUAAAGAAAGUAGAAAGUAUGUAAAUGAGGGGAAAUUCUUCCUGUAUGAUGACAGAGCAAAACAAAUCUUCACUGUGAUUAUUAGAAAUGUAACUGAGCAGGACUCUGGUGAAUACUGGUGUGGAGUUGAAGCAGCCUGGACAUCUGAUCAUGGAUACAAGGUUUAUUUCACACAGAUCAACCUGAGAGUGACUGGUCCUCGUGUCCCAGUUUCAACCUCGAAACCAACACAACCUUCAUCAUCACCACCAUCGCCAUCAUUACCACCGUCAUCACCAUCACCACCACCAUCAUCUUCCCUUCCAGGAUUUCCAGCUUCCACUGUGAUCCUUUUGUCUGUAAUUCUGCUGCUGUUUCUGAUUGGAAUCUCAUUCUUCUUUGUGAUUGUACAAAGAAGACACAAGAUGCGAGCAGGUAGAGCUGCUCCUGGCAGGAGUUCUAUCGAAAGUUCAGGAAACGACCAUGGGGUUCCUCUUGCUGUCUGUGAGUUUGAGGAGAUGAAAGACACCAGAUGACUUUCUGCCUCAGACGCCGGAACUUCCACAGUUUACUCUACUGCUCAGCUACCAACAAUUUCCUCUGAUCCUCAAACUAUUGAUACAAACACAGAGUUACCCACAAGCCCCUGUGAUUCUGCUGUUUAUUCUACUGCUCAAUUACCCACAAUCCCCUCUGAUCAGGACAUCCACUCUACAGCUCAGUUACCCACAUGA